AUGAGUCAUGUGAUCACACGAGAUGGACUCAGGAUGCCAUUCUACGAUGUCAACGAUGAAAGGCUCAGUUGGCUGGAAGAAGACUUUCUUCACUACUACGACAUCUGGAGGAGGAGUUCACCCACAAAGUCCACCUUCCUCACAACUGCUACCUACGAGGCAUUGGUCGUCACCACCCGUUCUACAGUGCUAUGCACGCGACAUUUACUAGACAGUGGCUUUCACUACGUGCUCACUGGCAAAUUUUCAAGCGAUGCUGUGGAAUCUCUGUUCUCAAGCAUUCGCCAGCUAAAUGGGUAUAACGACCGCACAGAUGCGAAAGCAGCCCUAUCAGCUCUCCAUAAGGUUCUUGUGACUGGUGUGGUACAGGGGUCCAGUAGCUCUAAUGUGACAGAGGGAAGAAACCUUAUUGGAGAGCAGUGUGGGCCACUACUCAACAAAAGGCCAGCUCUGUCUGAUGAUGCAGGCAUUGAACAACUGAAGCUUCAACUCCAGCCGCACAUCCAAAAACUGACUUCAGAGGUCACUCCACCUCGUGGCAUGAAGACUGCUACACUUGCUCUGGUGGCUGGAUUCUUGGCCCAAGUGGUGAAAGAGAGGACAGAUUGCAGUGGGUGCCUCAGAGGAAUACAAGGGCCAUCAACUGGUUCCCCUAACUUGGGACUUGUACACAACCUGGACAGGGGAGGAUUAAGUUACCCUACUGCUCACUUCCUUGGAUUUGUGUGUACACUGGAAGAAACAGCCCAGGCACUGCUACCAACACUGCUAACCUUGAAUAGGCCUUUGCAGGGUUUCAUCAGGGCAGCCCUGCCGGAAGUAAUGUUAAAUCCACUCUUCCACUGCAAUCAGAACCCCCUUCACUGCAAAACAGUUGCACAGUUGGUCUUGAUGAAAUUUUUAAGACCUUUUAUCGACAAUACAUGCAGAGACCACACACAAAGGCAAGCGCGAAAGAAACUUGUACAGAACAAGCCAACAUAAAGAAAAAUCCUCAAAGUUUAAGGUAUUGUAACUUUUUUCUAUUUAUGGCAUGCUGCAGCACACUCCCAGUGAUUAUAUCAUUUUGCUGCUAAUUAGUUCAUAUUCAUAUCACUUUAGGUGCUGCUCUCUUUGUUGGUCACCAUGUCUGCCUUCGCUUUCUGUCGCCUGUAACCUGACAAUGCUGUUAGCCUACUGGCCAUACUCAAGCCAUUACUACUAUCAAGCUUUAUUCCAUUCAUCAUCUCCUUGACAAUGCUGUUAGCCUGCUAGCCAUACUCAAGACAUUACUACUGGCAACCCUUAUUCCCUUCAUCUUUCCCUGACCAUUAAUGCCAUCUGCACGGUGCCCCCUAUUUUUCACACUUCUUUGUACAAAACGGUCCUUCUCAGGACCACAAAUUUUUGCACAAAGACAACGUCUGCGUAAUCUAAAACCCAGUGUCAAAGUUCAUACAAGCAUCCCAGUAGCAGAGGGAGGAACCUGUAGAGGUACUGUUACAAACAUAUUUCUUUCCUCAUUAUUCAAGAUCACACAUGCAUUAAUCAUGUGUGCAACUUACAAUGCAGAUCCAUUGGUAGGCAUGUGGUUAUAAAGCUUCAUUGCUUUCUGUAAUAUUGCUUUGUUAUACAGUGCCUAGGAAAACAGACUGAAUGGUGUGAACAGCUGAUAUUUAAACAUGGUGUCUCUUAGCUCUUUCAGUGCCUGGGCAACAACACCUACAACAACCCGGACGAGAACUUUGGUAACACAGCAUUCCAACCUCAUGUAGACGACUUCACAUGCCCCAACUGUGGUUGUCAACUGCCCCAGGGAGUAUAAUUUAAUCACGUCUCAAACCUGGAAAGUCACAACUUCACUAUUUUUUCACUUUCAGCUCCAUCCAAGGCGCUACUGUACUACAUUCAGACGUGCCCGAAUGUGUGUCUCAGUUUUUGUCGUCUUGAGUUCAGAAAUUCUUGGAAUCCCUCCCGAUUUUGCCCGUGUAUACCAAAAUCGAAAUAAACAUUUUUGCAUCGAUA